GUGUGUGUCUGAGGGAUGCGGAGUAUAAAACCCAGCAGCAUCCCCCCCACCCACACACACACACCUCAGAAAGCUCCCAUCAGAUCACGCACAGUCACGCACGGACACAGACAGAGCGCACGGGAUGCCUGCGAUCUGACGGACAGCGUCUCAAUACAACAGAGGAAAAGCACCAUGACGAGGUCUAUAAGGGAGGAACACGUCUCAGCGGAGUCCGAGGAGCAGCAGGAGCUCUGCAGCCCUGCAGGAAAAGACAUAGAGAGGGGAGGGGGAAUAGGGGAGGAGGAGGAGGAGGAGGAGGACCGAUUUCACCAUCUGGAGGAGGACGAUGAGGAGGAGGAUGAAGAAGAAGAGGAGGAAGAAGACGAUGGGGAGAACAAACCCAAGAGGCGGGGGCCAAAGAAGAAAAAAAUGACAAAGGCUCGUCUGCAGAGGUUUAAGAUCCGCCGAAUGAAGGCUAAUGCCCGAGAGAGGAACCGCAUGCAUGGGUUGAACGAUGCUCUUGAAAGUCUGAGAAAAGUGGUCCCCUGUUAUUCAAAAACGCAGAAGCUGUCCAAGAUCGAGACCCUGCGACUUGCCAAGAACUACAUCUGGGCUCUCAGCGAGAUCCUGCGCUCUGGCAAGGCUCCAGAUCUCAUGAGCUUUGUCCAGGCGCUCUGCAAAGGUCUGUCUCAGCCGACCACUAAUCUGGUGGCGGGCUGCCUUCAGCUGAAUCCUCGGACCUUCCUUCCAGAGCAGACGCCCGACCUGCCGGCACACCUCCCCCCCUCCGGGGCCGCCCCCUAUCCUGUACACUUCCCCUACCAGAGCCCCGGGCUGACGGCUGGAUUACCCAGCCCUCCCUACGGCACAAUGGACCCUUCCCACAUCUUUCAUCAGGUCAAAGGUCAGCCUUAUGGUCCACUGGAACCCUUCUUUGACGGCGUCCUGGUGUCCGAUGGCCCGGCGUUUGACCCCCCUCUUAGUCCGCCACUGAGCAUCAACGGUAACUUCUCCUCCUUCAAGCAUGAGUCUGUCGCAGCUUCCGACUACGACAAAAGCUUCUCCUUCAGUGUGCACUACGGAGGCGGAGGAGCCGGGGGACACGCCACCGUCUACGGCAACGGGGGGCCCAACCCGCGUUGUGGUGAGCUACAGGUGGAACAGCUGAUGGGGUUCGAUGGACACUCACACCACGAGCGGCUGAUGAACGCCCAGUUGAACGCCAUCUUCCACGACUCAUGAGGAGAAGGAAGACAAUAGAACUUGAGGUUGAUGAUGACAGACCAUAACACGGGAAGACUCCUAUCAUCUGCUUGCUGUCUUCACGGCCAUCCUUCCUGUCCUUCUAUCUGUCUUCGUCAGGCUCUGUGACCCCCUCCUUCUGAUGGUGACGCCAUUGAUGCUGUAACCUUCUUUGUAGCGCUUCACCUGACAGGAGAUGCUCUUUGAAUGUCUCAUCUUUAUCCAUUCUAUCACUUAAAAAUAAUAAAUUCUAAAUGAGCAAUAAUCUGGAGAAAACUAUGCAAUUUCAUUAAAAACUUGAGCUAAGCUCAGCUGUUAAUUCCAAAUGUUGAAGAAUUAAAAGAUUUCUCUAUUUUUGGGUCUGCGUGAGAGGCGACGUUAAGCCGGCUUGGAGCCGGCGUUGGGCUGAAGUGUUCAUGUUGUUCACGUGGUUUUUACUUUAUGCUUUUUACAAUGUUCCUGUAGCGUUCUGUUAACAUUUCAUGUGACUCUUGUUCAUAUUUUAUAAGAUAGAUGUUUAUAAACGCCUUUUAUUAAAGGGAAUUCCACGUCA